AUGCUCCAGGGUAGUGGCGGGACCUGGGACCAGUCUAGGUCUCCCAAGCCCCUCGCCUACAGAGUUCGGGAUGUAGAGCCGCUGCACGAACACCGACGGCACCAGGUGCGGCAAGGAGCCGCUGACCUCGGGACUGCGGGCCUGAGGGAGGGGCUUUGGGCCUUGGCUGGUCCUGCAGCCCCCCCUGUGCCCCCAGGAAGUGGGAGUGAGACCAAGCGGGCGUGCACCACCACGAACGACACUCUGUGCAGCUGCCGGCCCGGCACCCAGCCCCACGGGGGCUUCAAGCGAGGAGUCGACUGCGCCCCGUGCCCCCCCAGACACUUCUCCCGGGGCAACAACGAGGCCUGCAAACCCUGGACCAACUGCACCGCGGAGGGCAAGCACACCCUGCAGGCCGCCAGCAGCAGCUCUGACGCCGUCUGCGAGGACAGGACGCUCCCGGCCACCCAGCCCGGGCAGACCCGGGGCCCCUCAGCCCGGCCCUCCACCACCCAGCCCUCCACCCGCUGGACCCUGACCUCACAGCCCCCCACCAGCCCCCCCACAGAGCCCCCCAGGGGCCCCGAGCUGACUGCUGUCCUGGGCCUGGCGCUGGGCCUGGGCCUGCUGGCCCCUGUGGCUGCCGCGCUGGUCCUGCUCCUAAACUGCACGGUCUGGAGGCCGCCUGCCGCCCCCAAGCCCCCCGGAGGCCACGGCUUCCGGAAGCCCAUCCAGGAGGAGCAGUCGGACGCCCACUCCACGCUGGCCAAGCUCUGAGCACGGCCCUGGGGCGGCUGCGCCCUCCCAGGCCAGGUGGUGGGGGUCCCCAGGCGCAGGCCGCCCCCCAGGGUACACAUCACCCCAUCGCUGUCACCUCAUCCCCGUCACCCUGUGCCCGGCUCCCAGGGCCUGUUCCUGCCCGCACCAUUCUCGGUGCUUCUGGGCCGGCACCUGGGCCGCUAUGUAUGCCGUGCAUACUCCCACCCAGGUGGUAACCCCAAUAAACGCUGCUGGCACA